GUAGCCGGGAAAUAUUUUCGAUUGAUGAAUUAUUUUGCAUGAAGUAACUCUCAAAUACCACAAAUCAUCAUUGAAACACAUAAUACUAAUACUGAAUAGUAAUAAUAAUUAAUGUUGACAUAUAAAUACUGAGAAUUUGCCGGUAAGCAGUCUGUGGUCGUGUUAUAUGUUUGACCUUCUCAAGGUGACCGAUAUCUCAAGCCGCGUUUGACCAGUCAGGGUUGACAGGGUCUAGCGGUCGCACGGGCCUUACCUGAUUUUAUCCUUAAAUCGUAAAUAAUUCAAGAUGAGCGUACAGAGCGAUUCCGACAAGCGCAAGCAAAUCUCUGUGCGAGGGAUCGUAGCUGUGGAAAAUGUUGCUGAGGUGAAGAAAGCAUUCAAUCGUCAUGUGCAUUAUACGCUAGUGAAAGAUAGAAAUGUAGCGACUCCGCGAGACUACUACUUCGCCUUGGCCCACACUGUGAGGGACCACCUUGUUUCGCGCUGGAUUAGGACUCAACAAUACUACUAUGAAAAGGAUCCCAAGCGUGUCUACUACCUCUCACUGGAGUAUUACAUGGGAAGAUCACUUCAAAACACCAUGAUAAACCUGGGCAUCCAGGGUACUGUGGAUGAAGCUCUGUACCAGCUUGGUUUAGAUAUUGAAGAGCUCGAAGAGUUGGAGGAAGAUGCUGGUCUUGGUAAUGGAGGCCUGGGCCGCUUGGCUGCCUGCUUCCUUGACUCUAUGGCAACUCUUGGACUGGCAGCUUAUGGUUAUGGUAUCAGGUAUGAGUACGGUAUCUUCGCGCAGAAGAUCGAGCACGGGGAGCAGCAGGAGGAGCCUGACGACUGGCUCCGGUACGGCAACCCCUGGGAGAAGGCGCGCCCCGAGUUCAUGCUGCCCGUCAACUUCUACGGACGAGUGGUCGACACACCCCAAGGAAAGAAAUGGAUUGAUACUCAGGUUGUGUUCGCGAUGCCCUACGACAAUCCGAUCCCCGGCUACAAUAACAAUGUCGUCAACACACUGCGUCUAUGGUCCGCCAAGAGUCCUGUCGAUUUCAACCUGAAAUUCUUCAACUCCGGUGAUUAUAUCCAAGCUGUCCUUGAUCGUAAUGUGGCGGAGAACAUCUCCCGUGUUCUUUAUCCCAAUGACAACUUCUUUGAGGGCAAGGAGUUGCGUUUACGUCAAGAGUACUUCAUGUGCGCUGCUACGCUACAAGAUAUCAUUAGGAGAUACAAAAACUCGAAGUUCGGUAGUCGCGAGGCUGUAAGGACUACAUUUGACAGCCUACCUGAAAAGGUAGCCAUUCAAUUGAACGACACACAUCCUGCCCUCGCUAUUCCUGAACUGUUGAGAAUUUUGAUUGAUGUUGAGAAAGUACCUUAUGAAGAAGCGUGGAAACUUGUCGUCAAGUGCUGCGCUUACACCAACCACACCGUCUUGCCCGAAGCUUUGGAAAGGUGGCCUUGCAGUAUGCUUGAGAACGUGCUGCCCAGACACAUGCAGUUGAUCUACCACAUUAACUUCUUGCACUUGAAAGAGGUCGAGAAGCGUUGGCCGGGAGACAUGGACCGCAUGCGCCGCAUGUCACUCAUCGAAGAAGAGGGAGAAAAGCGAGUCAACAUGGCCCAUUUGUGUGUUGUUGGCGCGCACGCGGUCAACGGUGUCGCGGCCAUUCAUUCCGACAUCCUCAAAGCCACCAUCUUCCGUGACUUCUACGAGAUGUGGCCCGAGAAGUUCCAGAACAAGACCAACGGCAUCACUCCCCGCCGUUGGCUGCUCCUGUGUAACCCUGGUCUUUCUGACCUGAUCUGUGAGAAGAUUGGCGAAGACUGGACAGUCCACUUGGAAAAACUGACUCAGUUGAAGCGCUGGGCUAAGGACCCCGCUUUCCAGCGCGCCGUUAUGAAGGUAAAGCAGGAGAACAAGCUGAAGCUUGCGUCUCUGAUUGAGAGAGACACUGGAGUGAAGAUCAACCCUGCUUCGAUGUUUGACGUGCAAGUGAAGAGGAUCCACGAGUACAAGAGGCAGUUGCUGAACAUUCUCCAUGUGAUUACAUUGUACAACCGCAUCAAGCGCGACCCCACAGCACCCAUCACGCCCCGAACUGUGAUGAUUGGCGGUAAGGCUGCCCCCGGCUACUAUGUUGCCAAACAAAUGAUUGCCUUGGCAUGCGCCGUUGGCAACACGGUAAACAAUGACCCUGAUGUUGGAGACAAGUUGAAGCUCAUCUUCUUGGAGAACUACCGCGUCACGCUGGCAGAGCGCAUCAUGCCUGCUGCUGACCUUAGUGAACAGAUAUCCACAGCCGGUACCGAAGCGUCGGGCACAGGUAACAUGAAGUUCAUGUUGAACGGAGCUCUGACCAUCGGUACUAUGGACGGAGCCAACGUUGAGAUGGCGGAGGAGGCAGGCGAGAACAACAUGUUCAUCUUCGGAAUGAGGGUGGACGAUGUGGAGGCUCUGCAGAAGAAAGGUUACAACGCCUACGAGUACUACGAGCGCAACCCGGAGCUACGCCAGUGCGUAGAACAGAUCCGCAGCGGGUUCUUCUCGCCGGGCGAGCCGGGCCGCUUCGCGCACAUCGCCGAUGUGUUGCUGCAACACGACCGGUUCCUGCAUCUGGCUGACUACGAUGCUUACAUUGAGGCACAACAGAAAGUCUCCGAUACUUACCAGAAACCAGCGAAAUGGGCUGAAAUGGUGAUCGAGAACAUUGCGUCUUCCGGCAAGUUCUCAUCAGACCGCACCAUCGCCGAGUAUGCGCGCCAGAUCUGGGGCGUCGAGCCGUCGUGGGAGAAACUGCCUGCCCCGCAUGAGAGCGCUUAAGGUGCCCAACAUCCCACCCAACAUUAUACCUACUAUGAACGCCAAUAUUUAAGUACAGUGAGUAAUGAAAUCUUAUGAGCCCAGUCUGAUUUACAACCUACAAAAAUGCUGAACUCCUAAAUGGCGGGAAAACUAUUAUGUCAGUUUAUAAAUCUGUCUCUGGCUGUACUUUGAAACUGCAACAGUUUAGUCAAACAAUGUCGCAGCCUUCUUGCAGAAAAAUGUAAAACACUUAUAAUUUUAUAAUCAAAUUCUUAUAAUCAAAUUUUAUAACGCAUACAAAAUUUGAAAUCUACAAUUGUACUUAACUGUUUGGUUAAGCAGAAUUCAGUGUAACAGCAAGGCGUUCAAAAAUAAAGUGAUGAAGAAAGCAGCUAUAAUAACGCAAAACAUUGAUGAAAUAGCGGCCAAAAUAUUUUAUAAAAAUAUAUUUUUUAAAUAAACUUUGCAACUACAAAUACCUCCAAAGAUCAGAGAUGAAUUAUUUUCUUAAAUCUAGAUUCGAAUUAUUAUAUUUAUAAAUAUGCCAUUUCUAUUAUGUGUAACUUAGUGUUAAGAAAUGUAUUUUUCUUUUAAGAAUAACUUCAAUAUAACCAUUUAAGAAGUCCAUGUUUAAGAAAUCCAUUUAAUAAUGUAUAAUUUUAUAAAUCUGUCAAAUUGCAUCCUUAAUAUAAUGCAGUAUAGUUUUAUAUUGUUGUUUAAAAAA